GAAGAACACUUCAGGACUGAAGGCUUGAAAAGGCCUUGGGUCCUACGGCCUACUGAGAGCCUGGGUUUCGGCCCAGCCCUGGGACAAGAGGUAUGGACCAUGCUGCAGUAAAAAUACCCGCCGCCUGAGCUUCAGACCAUGUAUUCGUACAGCUGCCUGGCAUCCAAGGAGGGCGUCUGGCCUCCGCUGCAGCCCCUCACCUACACCUACCUGCCCAGCCCUCUACUGCUGCCCCCCAUCCACGCCCAUAGCUUCUACAGCUGGCCCCCAAGCCUGAGCGCAGGCGAGUGGCCGGCUCCGCGGGAAUACCACUGCUUCCACGGCCCAGGCGCGCCCCUGGCGGCCGCGCUGCCCUCGUGGGCCUUCCAGCAGGCCUACGCCGCGGCCCUGCUCCCACCUUUCCCAGCGCCCGGCUACCUGGGGCCAUCUCUACAAGGGACCGCGGGGGAGGAGACGGCGGCUGCCCCGCGCUGGGCGCAGUGGCCCGAAGGCAGCAGCCUGCAGGUGGAACUCCGUUGGGGCCGCGUGGAGCGCGCGCUGGGCCCGCGCCUAGAGCUGCCGGAUGUGGUGCGCCGGGAAUUCCGGCGCGUGUACGGCACGUACCCGCGCACCGACGUGCGCGUCACCUACAGCGGCGGCCAGUUCCUGCUUCAGGCCACGCCGCGCGUCCCCGAGCCCGAGUACCGUGUGCAGAGGCGCGUGCUGCGGCCGCCCGCAAGCAGCGGCAGCGCAGACAGCAGCCCGGCCGCGGAAGUGGCAGAACGUGGACGCGGGAGGAAGAGGAAAAGCCGGAGCUGAGGACGCCGCGGGGCCCGGCGGCCGGCCGGCCUGCACGCCGCCCACCUGCUGCACUUCCCUGAUUUCUCUCACGAUAUUGCUGGAUAGCGGGGGAAGGGCGAGAAGAGAUCAAGAACAUCUCGGGGUGGAUGUCCUGUUUCUCUUCCUUCCAUCCGGACUUGGGAAACCUGGUUGUGGGGCGGAAGAAGGGCGCGGACCCUUUGUUUCGUCUCUCCUUCCUCCUCCCUAUUUUAGAAUCCUGCCCUGCGCCAGGCCCCCACUUUCCCUUUCCCCCUCCUCCGCCUAACACAGCUCCCCGAAUUGCCCAAGUUCCUGCCCAGGCUGAGGGCCCACCUAUCCGCAGGUUGUAGUGAAAAGUAAAUAAAUGAAUGAAGUUAAGUGCA